AUGGCAUGGCUCAGUAGAGCGCUAGCUUUGCAAUCGUUAGGUUCUGGGUUCGCGCCCGACUGUCCCUCCUCAGUCGACUCAGCUGUGAGAGUAUUGGCAUCAACUUGCAGGGGCCAAAGUCGGAGUGGAAAGGAACUCGCCACCCUGUCGCAUCAGUCCGCGACUUACGACAUUCCUUCCACGCACAUGCCCUCCGUGUCCACUUGGAUAUGGGACCAACUAUAUAUUGGUAAUACUAGUAAAAUGCCUUUGGAGCAUCUGGUGGCAGUCGCGGCCCUGAUUGUGGCUGGAGCUUCGGUGGGCGAGCUGAAGCCUCAAGGAAUUCCUCUUCUUGGCGGUAAUAACAUAGCAGUAGGAGGAGGAAGUGGAUUUGAUGGCUUCGCUGGUGGAGUAAAUUCGUUUGAUGGACAUGGAGGCUUUGCAGAUGGAUUUGGUGGAGUUGGUGGCCUCGAUGGUGGAUCAGGUGCCCUUGGUGGAUUGAGUAGCCUUGAUGGUGGACUGAGUGGUUUCGAUGGUGGAUUCGGUGGCCUUGAUGGUGGAUUGGGUGAUUUUCAUGGUGGAUUAAGUGGUUUUGAUGGUGGAUCAGGUGGAUUGGGUGGCCUUGAUGGUGGAUUAAGUGGUUUCGAAGGUGGAUUCGGUGGCCUUGAUGGUGGACUGGGUGAUUUCCAUGGUGGAUUAAGUGGUUUUGAUGGUGGAUUAGGUGGAUUGGGUGGCCUUGAUGGUGGAUUAAGUGGUUUCGAAGGUGGAUUCGGUGGCCUUGACGGUGGACUGGGUGAUUUUCAUGGUGGAUUAAGUGGUUUUGAUGAUGGAUUAGGUGGAUUGGGUGGCCUUGAUGGUGGAAUAGGUGGGUUUGAUCCUGGAUUAACUGGACUUGAUGGCUUUAGUGGGGCUGGAAACAUAGAUGGUGGACUGGGUGGUUUUGAGGGUGGCGGAUUAGGUUCCUUUGGUGCUGCUUUAACCGGUCUCGAAGGUGGACUCAGUGGAUUGGAUGGUGGAUUAGGUGCUUUUGAUGGUGGGUUAAGUGGCUUUGAUGGUGGAAUAGGUGGAUUCGGCGGUCUCGAUGGUGGAUUAAGUGGCAUAAGUGGAUCAGGCGGUGGAUUAAGUAGCCUAGAUGGGCUGAGUGCUCUUGACGGUCAGCUGAGUGGCCUUGGCAGUGACCUGAGUGGAUUUGAUGGAGGACUGACAAGUUUCGAUGGUGCUGUCGCCUCUGCACUUGUCGGUGGAGUGGCAGACGGAUUAGGUGAAGCGGGAAGUGGAUUAGGUAGCGGGGCGGGCUUUGAUGCACCCGAUGGAGGAGUAGGGGGCCAGGGUGGACUGAGUGCGGCCGGAGGACUUGCUGACUCCUUCUCCGCGGCAGGCUCAGGCGGAGGCGAUGUUGGCGUCGGACUUCCUCGGGGAGAGGCUGUUGGGUUCGGAGGCGGCGGGGGAGACGCCGCCGACGCUGGGUUCCCCGUCGGGGGCGUGGCCGAUGGCGUUGGUAGCCCUGUUGAUGCCUUCUUUGGCGGUGGCAGCCCUGGUGAUGCCUCGUUUGGCGUUGGUAGCCCUGGUGAUGCCUCGUUUGGCGUUGGUAGCCCUGGUGAUGCCUCGUUUGGCGUUGGUAGCCCUGUUGAUGUCUCUUUUGGCGUUGGUAGCCUUGGCGAUGCCUCCUUUGGCGUUGAGACCUCCUUUGGCCCUGUUGAUACCUUAGUUAGUGUUGGUAGCCCUGUCACUGCCUCCCUUGGUAUCCCGACGGAUGCCUCCAUCGGCAUCGGCAGCCAUGUCGACGCCUCAGUUGGUAUUGCUGAUGCAUUCGCUGGAGGUCUCAUCGGCAGCCCCGUCGACGUCUCCGCUGGUUUGGCUGGGUCUGGCGCCCUCACAGCAGCCCCUGCUGCGGGGUCGAUCAGUCCUGGGAGCACGAGUUCUGUUGUUUCUGGCAGCCCCGGGGGCGCUGGCGCUCCCCCUCCGACCCUCAAAAGUUUUAUGAAUUUCGGAAGCCCCGUCAGUGUUGGCACCUCUGCACGUGCUGCAGGCUCUAUGACAAUUGGCAGUCCUGUCAGCAUUAGUGCCCCUUUAAGUGUCGAGAGUGCUAGCCCUGUCAGUGUUAGCAGUCCUCUGAGCGCUGCGAGUUCUAUGACAAUUGGCAGCCCUGUCACUGUUACCAGUCCUUCGGGCUUUAAGAGCACCAUGACAAUUGGCAGCCCUGUAAGCGUGAGUUCUCCCGCGCAGACUACAACUACAGUAGUUAGCGGACCCGAGAGUGCCGGCCGUCCUCCAAGGAUUGGAACUUCCACACAUGUUACAGGCGCGGUGGGCAUUGCUAGUCCUGCAAGUGUCAGUAACGCUAGAAGUGUGGGAACAUCCGCAAGUGUUUCUAUUGGCAGCCCUGUGAGCAUUAGUAGUACAGUAGGUGCUGGAAGUGGAGGAAGUGUCAAGAGCACCGUGACAGUUGGCAGCCCCGUGAGCGUCGGCAGCCACGGCGUCACGACCGCAGGCCCUGUCCUCGCCCACGGCAGCAAAGGUCGAGGCGAGGGUGACCACGGCAGCAGGAGAACCAGUGACUCCUUUAGCAUCACGAAGGCCCACCUGACACACGUAGGCACCUUCGAAGGCCGUGACAUAAUAGAUCACAUAUUCGAUGGCGAUAACUUCACCGUCACCAAAGCUCGACUGACCCACGUUGGCACUUUACCCCCGUCCAGAUCUCCCGGUGCCAGUCGAGAUUACAGCAGAUAACUUCGAUUUAUGGCUAAAUAGAUUCCGAGACA